AAGGAAGGCAUAACUUGUUGACAGCCCCGCCCUUCUCUCAUAUUUGCUCUAUGGGUGUAGUCGGAAUGUCUUACAAUAUGACCUACCAACCCACGGAUCCAGGAACCGAUGAGAUAGGAAAUUGCGGGGGUCGGACAUUCAAUGCGUAUAGUCGCAUGGAAUGUAAACAGAAAUUUAGAGCAAAAGAUAUGUGACAGUGACUUUUGCGCAGUCAUAUCUGACUACGAUGUAAUAUUUUUAUCAGAAUGCUGGAUUCAACCUGGAACAUCUCUAAAGUGCGAUUGGUUAAACGACGAAUUUGAAUACAAAUGUUUUCCUAGACUGAAGGGUAAAGACGGUGGCCUUGUGCUGUUAUACAGAAAAACACUUCGAAGUGACGCACCUUGUCUCAAUAUCGGUGGUACCUGUCAAGAUGACCAUCACGUUUGCUCCGGAAGUUACGUAUCAGGAUUAUGUUCCGGGGGAGCCAAUAGACGAUGUUGUUCAGUAGGGAAUGACGCACCUUGUCUCAAUAUUGGCGGUACCUGUCAGGAUGACCACCAGCAUUGCUCCGGAAGUUUCGUAUCAGGCUUGUGUUCUGGGGAUACCCACCGGCGAUGUUGUUCAACACAAUCUUCGUCAGGAAGUGACGCACCUUGUCUCAAUAUCGGUGGUACCUGUCAAGAGGACAAUCUAUAUUGUUCUGGAAGUUACGUAACGGGGUUAUGUUCCGGGGGAACCAAUAGACGAUGUUGUUCAGGUACAGACAGUGGAAUGUGUUCUAACGUCAAAGUGUACUCCCGCGCCACUUGGGGCGCCAAAUCUCCAACGCAUGUGAGCACUAUGCGCAAACCUGUCGGUUUCUUCUUCGUCCAUCACACAGAAGGAAAUGCCUGUCGUGAUUUCACUUCCUGUGCAAAACAAAUGCGCAAUAUCCAGAACUAUCAUAUGGCUACAAAAGGCUGGUCAGACAUCGGAUACAGCUUCCUUGUUGGUGAGGACGGUGCUGUCUAUGAAGGCCGCGGUUGGAAUCACGUGGGAGCACACACAAAGAACUACAACAGCCGAGGAUUUGGCGUCGCCGUCAUGGGGAAUUUCAUGCACAGAAAGCCAAAUAACGCAGCCUUAAAUGCGACCAAAGACCUGAUGCAAUGCGGUAUUGACAAGGGUUACAUCACCUCUGGUUACAGUCUCUAUGGACACCGUGAUGUCGGAACCACUGAUUGUCCAGGAGAUUAUCUGUAUAAUGAAAUAAGAACGUGGUCACAUUACAACACCCAGAAACCACAACGGUGAAGAACGAAAUGUAAUGAAAGCAUUUGCUGCGAAAAAUAUAGAUAUGAAAAUCUCUA